AAACUAUGCAAGGCCUACGCCCAGCUCGGCGCACGCGGCGUCUCCGUCCUCUUUGCCUCCGGCGACAGUGGCGUCGGCUGCCAAGACAGCAACACCACCCUCUUCCAGCCGACCUUCCCCUCCAACUGCCCCUACGUGACGUCCGUCGGCGGCACCGCCGGCUCUGGCCCAGAGACGGCCUGGGCGGGGUCCUCUGGCGGUUUCUCCAACUACUACGCCGCGCCGUCCUACCAGGCCUCCGCGGUCGACGGCUACCUCACCGCGCACACGACCUCGGCCAACUACAACGCGACGGUGGGCAAGUACAACCCCGUCGGGCGCGGGUUCCCGGACGUGUCGGCGAAGGCGGACGACUACCGCGUGCAGGAGACGUCGAUCGCGAGCAUCUACGGAACGAGCGCGUCGACGCCCGUGUUCGCGAGCAUCAUCGCGCUGAUCAACGACAGGCUGUCGGUGAAGGGCAAGCCGCCGCUGGGAUUCCUGAAUCCGUGGCUGUACUCGACGGGCAAGAGCGCGUUCACGGACAUCACUAAGGGCAAUAACUCGAUCGAGUGUAACGGGGAGACGGCUGGCUUUGAGGCCGUCGAGGGCUGGGAUCCCGUUACCGGCCUCGGCACACCCGACUUCAACAAGCUCCUCAAGACGGUCGGGCUAUAG